ACGCAGCGGUACGCCUUCUGGGACACGCUGGACAGCACGGUGCGGCAGAUCCCAAGGCGGGCCACGGUCGUGAUGUGCAUCGACGCCAACGGCGAGAUGGAUGGGGCGCUGCCGUGGAUGGGAAGGGCGGACGAGAAGAGGAGCGAUAGGAACAAGAUGUGGAACGACAACGGCCGGAGGUUCUUCGAGGCAAUCAAGGGCAACGAUAUGAAGGCGGCCUCCACUGGUGGCAAGGCCAACGCGAGCUGCUGGACGCGGCUCUCUCCGUUGCGCAAGAACCAUCGCAUCGACUACAGCGCGGCGAGAGGCAUCACGGCCAACAUCGCAUCGUGGGUCGAUUACAAGAUGCCGGUCGGCGUGGCUGGCUUUCGGGACCACAGGCCAGCAACGGCGAAGCUUCUGCCGCGGGCAAAGCGGUGGAAAGCCCAGCUAAUAGCGCAGACCGUCGUGCGAUGGGAACGCGACACAAUGCUCAGGAACAUGAUAGAGUUGAAGGAGUACGAGAAGCCUGCGGGGACGGGCGCAAACGCGGCGGCGGCAGCCCAGGUGUCGAAGGCGCUGGCCUGCAAGAAGGCAGUGGAGAGGGCCAUUCAGGGAGGCGCGCGGAUGAACCAGAUCGAGGUCGACAAGGCGGUUGAGCACUACAAGCAGGAGUCGGAGGGCAAGCAGGCGCUCCUGCAGCUGCCGGAAGAGAUCGCGAUUAACAUCAAAAAAAAGCACGAGGCCAUGAAGAGGAUGCAGGGCGCGAGCGGCCUCGCGGAGCGGAACAAGUGCGCCGAGCAGUUCAAGGUGAUCAGAGCUCAGGCCAAGGACGGCGGGCGAAUCAAGGCGGCCCACGAGCAGAUCAAGCGUUUAGCGCUGAAGGCCACGGCCAGCAGGGCGUCCGCCAGACGGGGCAUCUGGCUCGAAUCGCGGGGCGGAGUUGGCGAGCUGGACGCCCGGAGGGAUGCCCUGGCGCACGUGUUCGAGGCGAUUCCUGUGGACAUGGGAGUCGAGCGCUUUGGCGGCGAGGCGCGGACGAAGGCGACCCUCGCGGACACGGCCCCCAAGGCGGUGCGCGACAUGGCGCGCCACGUCAGCAAGAACAAGGCCAGGGAGUUCGUCGGCAAGGUCGUCGUGCCCAAGGGCGUCAGGCAGGUGCAGAGGAUCGUCUCCGACACGGCGUGCUUCGUGGACGAUGUCAUCAGCUUCCCGGCGUUCUGCAGAGUCGCCCAGCUGACGGAGUUCGCCGAGAUGGUCGCGCGGGUUCUCGGGAAGGGAGGCCCGGAGGUCAACGCGGGGAAGCUCGAGCUCACGGUCGCUGCCCACGGCGAGGGGGCCAGGAAGCACAACCAGAGCGCGUCAAAGGGCCGAGUCGCCAUCUCCUUCCAGGGCGCGCAGGUCGCGGCAGUGAACAAGGUGAAGUACCUCGUCUACGUGGACAACGCAUCCGGCACCGCGUCCGUCGAGGCCGCGGCAAGGAUUGCCCAGGCCCCGAAGCUGGAGCGGCGGCAGGCGAAGCCGUUGCGGCACAUCGCGAAGCCGCCCGCGCACAUCUCCAGGGAGACUUCCGACGACCUUCGAGCGAGGCUGGGCGUCCACGCGGGCGUCGCGGGCAAACCGAGCGGCCUAGGGAAGGUCGCGCUGGAGGGUCCGCGCGAAGGGGGGUCGGUGGCCAAGGAUGCGAUCAGGCGUCGGCCGCCAGACCUGGCGGCGCAGCGCGGGCUCGACCGCGAGGUGGAGAAGCCGCGCAUCGAGCCGACGCAGCUAAGGUGGUUGGCGGGGACGAGCAAGGAGACGGUCGAGGCCCUGCAAACGACGGAGGGCGAGUUUGCGGAGGAGCCAGAGCAGGUCGACGGAGAGACCUGCCCCGACUGCGGGGCGGAGCGCAGGGGCCUGAAUGGGGAUUCGAACACAUCAGACACGGCGGUCGGCGACGCAAGGCGCAAGCGGAAAGGGCGCGCCAGCGUCACGCCACUUGAGGCCGCGGCGGCGCUGACUCUGAUCCGCGAGGGGAAGGGGCGGUCGAUGGCCAGGGACCUGAACAUAGUGUUCCAGAUGAAGAAGGAUUCGCCCGUUGCGAUCCGAAUGCUCAAGGGCAUGGACGAGCACGCCAAGGACGGCAAGCUGGCGCGGGAGGCGGUGGAGACCCAGAGCGAGGAAUUCAAGGGCAACCCGAACAGCAAGAAGCAGGACGCCCUCCUGAGGUUGUUGCCGUGGAACGCAGCAGCGGCGAUCUCGGAAGAUGUCGCGCCCAAGGCACUGGCGGCGGCGCGGCAAGACCCGGGGUGGGAGGAGGCGGCAAAGAAGGCGCUCGAUGUGCUGCAGCGCGCGAACCAGAUGGGGAUGGUUCAGAAGGACAACCCGGCUCUGCGGGCGACGCGCUGCUUCUCCGUUGUGGUCGAGGCGGACAAGCCGGUGGCGAAGUGGAUCUGGGCGGCCCAGGGCGCUCCGGAAUUCGCGGCGAUGGCGAAGGAGCGAAAGGGCGCGCAGGCGCCGAGGAUUGCGGACAUAGAGGUGGCGAAGGACGGAGUUCCCCAGUCGAGGCCGGCCAAAGAAGUGAAGGAGCUGCUGGGCUCCAAGACGGGCGCCAAGAGCAAAACGGUAAGGAAGUAC